AUGGCGACCAUUCUUGAUUUCGAGAUAGGUCCCGUCGGCUUCGGCCUUAUGGGCCUUACUCGCCCUAUUGACCCUAUCUCCCAGGAACAGGCAUUUUCGGCCAUGGACGCAGCACUCAAAUACGGAUCAAAUUAUUGGAACGGAGGCGAGUUCUAUGGCAGUCCUGAGAGAAAUACUCUACAUUUACUCAAUGAGUACUUCACUGAGAAACCAGAGAAUGCAUCCCGGGUAUUGCUCGUCAUCAAAGGUGGCCGAACUCCCGGUACACUAGACUUUGACGGUUCGGAGAAGGGUGUAAUGCGGAGUGUCAACGAGUGUUUAAGAGUCCUCGAUGGCAAGAAGACUCUCGACAUCUUCGAAUGCGCUCGUGUUGACCCUAGCACUCCUAUCGAAGAAACGAUAGGAGUGCUCGCUAAAUGCGUUCGAGAGGGCAAGAUUAAAGGCAUCGGAUUGAGCGAGGUCAAGGCGGAGACGAUCCGGAGGGCUGCUAAGGUCCAUCCGAUCGCGCAGGUCGAAGUCGAGUUAUCACUGUGGACGACAGAUAUCCUGCGGAACGGAGUUGCGCAGACAUGCGCCGAGCUGGGCAUCCCAAUCCUGGCAUACGCGCCGCUCAGCCGUGGCGGCCUCACCAAAGAAGUCUCCGAGAAGAGCGAGAGUGAGCUUCCUCCGCAUCUCAAGAUCUUCCCACGCUUCCAGGGCGAGACGCUGGAGACCAACAAGCGCCUGACAAAGGAGGUCGACAAGAUGGCGGCGCGGAAGGGAUGCACGACGCCCCAGAUCGCGAUCUCAUGGAUCAGAUCCUUGAGCGGCAGGAAUGGUCUAGGGGUUAUCAUUCCUCUUCCGGGCGCAGAGAAGGAAGAAUGGAUUCGCGACAACACUACCCGGGUCGAGCUGACGCCAGAAGAUUUGAAGGAGUUGGAUGACAUUGUCAGCAAGGUACCCAUCACGGGUAUGCGGUAUGGAGGCGUCAUUGAGAAAUUGAAUGAAGGCUAG